CGUCCCCGCUCUCCCUUUGCCUUCCUUCCUCCCCUCUACUACUUGUACUGCACAACCCCCGCCCCCCGAUGGCUGCAAAUAUCAAUCCACCCUCCUCUCCGCCUCCCGAUUUAGGAUUUAUAUACCCCACCCCAGCCCCGCCGAUCCCCUGCCUCGCCUCUUCCGGCCCGUCCUGCCGCCGUCCGUCGCCAAGAUCCCGCCGUCCUCGCCUCCUGACCUGACCUGACCUGACCUGACCUCACCCACCGCGCCGUCACCGUGACAUGCCGGUGCAGGUCGGAGGGAGCAAGGUGGCGGACCCCAGGCCGGCCAGGGUGCUGGACCUCUCGCCCGCCGCCGUCGUCGGCGACAAGGCCCGCGCCUCCGCCAAGAAGAACCACCGCCGCCGCCACAAGAAGGCCUCCUCCUCCCCCGCCGACGCCGCCGCAUCUUCCAUCUCGCCCAUGCAGAGGCUCUUCGACACCAGCAGGGAGGUCUUUGCCAACUCCUACCCGGGCUUCGUCCCGCCGCCGGACGCCGUCGCGCGCCUCUCGGGCAUCCUCAAUGAGCUGAAACCACGUGAUGUUCGGGUUGCCCCAAGUAUGUCCGUCUUCAAACAUGCUGACCCUAAAAGCCCCCCUCCAGUUACUUAUUUGCAUUUCUAUGAUUCCUCUGAGUUCUCGUUUGGUAUCUUCUGUUUACCGAAAUCAGCAGUUAUUCCCCUUCACAACCAUCCUGGGAUGACAGUGUUUAGCAAGAUACUAUUUGGUUCAAUGCACCUCAAGUCAUAUGAUUGGGCUAAAAGUCUGCCGGAUAGUAACGAUAAUGCACUUCAGAACUCUGAUGGAGCUCGUCUGGCCAGGGUAAACACAGAUGCUGUUUUUGACGCUUCAUCUGAGACGGUAGUUCUGUACCCUGAAAAUGGAGGGAAUUUGCACUGUUUUACGGCAUUGACCCCUUGUGCCGUGCUGGAUGUGAUGGGGCCCCCCUACAACCGUGAUGAGGGAAGGGAUUGCGCGUAUUACGGUGAAUCACCGUACUCAGGUUCAUGUGGUGGAGAUGAACAAUUUUCUUGGCUGAAAGAGGUUCAUAGCACAUUUGAGAUGCAAGGCAUAAAGAUGGAGCAGCACUUCAUCAUCUAAGGCAUGAUGACUGGCAUGGCAUUGUGGCGACAUCAGAAGACAAAUUGGACGUACUAGCGGGCAGUUUGAUGUAGAUAUCUUUAGCUGCAAGGACAAACAGCAGGGGUUACAAGUGGAAGACUGCGCUGGGCCGGGAUGUUCAGACUAGGAAACUUGACAUUUGUUUGGCUUAUUUCAUAUGGGUUGAAACAGCUUCUUGUGAUCUGGGAUUGACUCUGCUUCCCUUAUUUUACUGGAGUAUCUGAUAGCACAAUUCGAAUCUGGGUUUUUGGGUCAUGGUCACUUUUUAUGUUUCCCUGUAGACAGAAAUGUAGGCAGGUGUACUUUUUGAAGUGAUCAUGGACCGAAUCCUGUGGGUCGUUUGGUUGGUUUUGUUGAGCAGGGCAGUGAGUCGUGAACUUUUUGCCUGCUUUCAUGUUUCAAUUUCAGUUUCAGGGGCAUAUCUUUUGUUUCCUUGUUGAACAAAGAACUAUCUCUAGUAGCAGUUUGCAUUC